GUAAGUGGUAUGCACAGUGAAGGCACUGUUCUGAGUGGGCUCAGAACGAACGACAAAGGUACGGAAGCAAAGGCAAUGGGAAGUGGGUAGGCGGUGGUGCCCAACUCAGCCGGAGCCGCUGAAAAUCACUGCUCCUUUUCUCUUCUUCAUUAAAUGCUGCUCUUCGAUUCGCAACAUCGCACCACAUUCCUUCUUCGUUCAAUCGAAGUCUCUCCUAGGGUUUUGGUUUCGGUUUCGGUUUUCUGUGUGUUUAUGGCGAAGGACUAUUACGAUCCGCCACCGGUGCCGCUCAUCGAUGGCGAGGAGAUUAGGAAGUGGUCGUUCUACAGAGCUUUGAUUGCGGAGUUCAUGGCGACUCUGCUUUUCCUGUAUGUGACAGUGUUGACGGUGAUCGGGUACAAAUCGGAAACGGAUGGAAUGGGAAAGAAGAAUGUGGAUUCUUGUGGAGAAGUUGGGAUUCUGGGAAUUGCUUGGGCAUUUGGAGGAAUGAUCUUCGUUCUUGUUUACUGUACUGCUGGAAUUUCAGGUGGCCACAUAAACCCAGCGGUGACAUUUGGGCUGCUAUUGGGCCGAAAGGUGUCACUUGUGCGGGCCGUGAUGUACAUGGUGGCCCAAUGUUUGGGGGCCAUCAGUGGAGUUGGGCUUGUUAAGGCCUUCCAGAAGGCCCACUUCCAGAAGUACGGCGGCGGGGCCAAUGGACUUUCCGAUGAUUACACCGCCAGCGUCGGACUGGCUGCCGAGAUCGUCGGCACUUUUGUAUUGGUGUACACUGUCUUCUCCGCCACUGAUCCUAAACGAAAUGCCAGAGAUUCCCACGUUCCCGUUUUGGCUCCACUUCCAAUUGGGUUCGCAGUUUUCAUGGUUCAUUUGGCUACAAUUCCAAUCACUGGCACUGGAAUCAACCCAGCAAGAAGCUUGGGAUCUGCUGUUAUUUUUAAUGACCAAAAAGCUUGGAAUAACCAUUGGAUAUUUUGGGUUGGACCCUUUAUAGGAGCAGCAAUUGCAGCAUUCUACCACCAAUUCAUCUUGAGAGCAGGUGCUGUUAAAGCUCUUGGUUCAUUUAGAAGCAACCCACAUGUGUGAUGAUCAUAAUGUUUUUAAUUUUAAUUAAGCCAGCUCUUUGGAGAUUAAGGAUCAAAUCAUCAUUAGUUUAUGCAUUUUGAGUUCUUAAUUAUCAUGUUUGCUACUGAUUCUCAUGAAGCUCAUUGCUCUUCCUUUUGCUAUUGGAAUGGCUAGAAAUAGUUUGUUUAUUUUCACAUGAUUUCAAAAGGGUAGGAGAAGGCCAGAAGGGUCAUUUCUUGGUAAUGGCAAUUGGCAAAGUUUGUUAUUUCUUUUCUAAUAUUAAUAAAUGUUUAUGAGUGGUUUUGAAAUGGUUAA